GUCAAGAAGGACCUCGAUUUUAAAGGGAAAACGCUCCUUGCUGUGUGGUGUUUUGAUUCGACGUUUGUUAUGCAUUUGCGUUUCUGUUACAGACUUAAGUUAUAAUACAUGUGACUUUCAAAGUUUGGAAUUACUUCAGAGGAUGGCCAAGAAUGCCUUGCAUUGACCAGCUGGCGCCUUUUGUCAAUGUGAAGUACCACAUCUUAUGAUGUCAAAACUUUCUCUGAGAGGAAAAGUAGCUUCAAAUAAACUGGAUCGUUGGGUGGAGCCAUCAUUCGGUGAACACCUUGGCAAUGCCAACCUCUCCCUCUCCUCAGGCAUUGGAGGCGUAGCCCUCUCUGGAGGUACCUGGGUUGGCAAGGCCCAGCCGUCCAGCACCGACCUCAACAGCAGCAAACGCCUCCGUAAGAGGAGGGCAGACCCCAACGCCUCCAAGCUCCAGACCUUUACCUCCACAGAGCCUGCACAGGGCGACCAGGAUGAGCCCUGGGUGGACACACACAAACCCCACUCUCAGGCUGAACUGGCCGUCCACAAAAAGAAGAUUGAAGAGGUGGAGGAUUGGAUGAGAGUACACGUGGACCCCAAGACUGCAAAGGGUGGCGCUGUCCUGCUGCUGACCGGUCCGUCGGGGUGUGGGAAGUCAGCUACAGUGCAAAUUCUGGCCCAGGAACUGGGCUACAGGGUGCAGGAGUGGAGCAAUCCCUCCAGCCUCUCAGAGUACCGACCCAGCGCAGACCGCUCAGACCCUGACACUUACAGACAGACCUUCGACCCAGACUCGAGGUUCAAUGGUUUCUAUGGCAGCUCUCAAACAGGCCUGUUCCAGGAGUUCCUUCUCAGGGCCAACAAGUACAACCGCCUGCAGAUGAGCGGAGAGGGAGGGGCCUCGGACUCAGACAGGAAGCUCAUACUGGUGGAGGACUUUCCUAACCAGUUCUACAGGCAGCCUGGGUCCCUGCAUGAUAUUCUGAGGCGGUUUGUGAAGACGUGCCGGCGUCCCCUGCUGUUCAUCGUGUCUGACAGUCUGAGUGGAGACAGCAGCUCCAGACUGCUGUUUCCUAAACGCAUACAGGAAGAACUGGGGGUUUGCAACAUAAGUUUUAACCCUGUGGCUCCCACCAGUAUGAUGAAGGUUCUGAGCCGGAUUGUGUCUGUACAGGCAGUAAAGAGUGGAGGAAAGAUGUGUGUUCCUGACAAGGCUGCUUUGGAACUGCUGUGUUCAGGAUCCUCCGGGGACAUCCGCAGUGCCAUCAACAGCCUGCAGUUCUCCUGUCUCACAGACCAGUCUAUGAAGAAGGGGUUCUCGGCGGUGGAAAGGGGAAAGGCCACAGCGACCUCGUCGGGGAGAGCCGUUGUCAAGGCAACGCGUGGGAAGAGGAAGGCCAAAGACUCAGAGGGGCGGGACAAGGAGCUGGCAAUAGGGGGGAAAGACUCCUCCCUCUUUCUCUUCAGAGCACUUGGCAAGAUCCUCUACUGCAAGAGGGAGAGCCCUGAGGGUUCAGAAGGUUCCCAGGGACCCAGUCUGCCUGCACAUCUCUCAGAGCACCACAGAGACCGGUUACUGGUGGACCCAGAGGCUGUAGUAGAACGCUCCCACAUGUCAGGAGAGUUCUUCAGCCUGUACCUGCAGCAGAAUUACCUGGAGUUCUUCUCUGAUGUGGAGGAUGUGGCCCGGGCCUCAGAGUACCUGUCUGAUGCUGACUUCCUCACUGCCGAGUGGAGCUCCCGUAGCACCAUGGGGGAGUACGGCUCUUCUGUCGCCACCAGAGGUCUUCUACACUCCAACUCUGGUCACGUGGCUGGAGGCUUCAGACCCCUGCACAAACCCAACUGGCUAUUGGUCAACAAGAAGUACCGUGAGAACUGCCAGGCCGCCCAGUCCCUCUUCAUCAGUUUCUGCCUGACGCCUGUUAGUCUCCAGACAGAGCUACUUCCUUACCUCGCCCAGCUCAGCAACCCCUUGAGGAAUCCAGCUCAGAUAGCCUUCAUUCAGGAUGUGGGUUGUCUUUCCCGCAGAAAGUUUCCUGGCAGGUUGAAACUGGAGGCUCUGACAGACAAAGACCCAGGGCUGCUGGAGUUGGACAGUGAGGAAGAGGAGGAGGGGGGGCUCGUGUCUUCAUCCGUCGACCAAACCUCGGGCACCCUCUCUGGGGAGACAGGAGACCAGGGGGAUCCCUCCCUGGAGCCUCUUCUACCAGGCAGCCAGGGCCCAGGGGCCGGGGGACCAGGUGGAGACCUCCCUGCCUCCCAGCCUCAGCCCACUACCACCUCAGCCCUUCUGGAGGAGGAGGAUGUAGUCAUAGAGGAAUACGACAGUGAUUUCUGAUUGACAGAGCUGACACUCCAAUCACUGUACAGAGACUUCUGAUACAGUCACCUCCCGACUUUGAUUGACAGAGCCGACGUUCCAAUAAGAGGACUUCUAACAUUGUCCCGCCCUCCUGCCUUACUUAAAAACUGUGAUUACUUACAGGACAGAACAGAAGAAGUUUGCGUUCGUUGUUAUUUUAUGUCUGACUGUCACUGUAUCUGUUAUUGUAUCUUAUGGCAAUGACCGUAGUUUUCAUAUCAAUGAAUUUCUGGUAUUAUUCAUUAGUGUUUUUCCUCAGUGAGUUCGGGGGGGUCAAAUUCCAUCCCAAUUCCUGUCUGAUUCCAUAUCUGAACAAGUGACUUAUAUUGAAAUGGAAUUGGACCUGACACACUGAUUUAUUUGAAACAUGUAUUAACAAAACACACAUGACAGAUGUUGUGGCUUUAUUGCAGACUUUGUGUGUUUGUUAGUGUUUAUUUAUUUGUGUGUUUUAGAGCACUUAUCUUGGAAUAUAUUUUGUUUGGCUUUAGAACUGUUGAGAACUUGGAGAUGUGUACAGUGGUAGGUAGGCUUAAUAUACAUGCCUGGCUUUUCAAUUGGCAGUGAAAGGUUAACAUUCACCUCUCUCUAGCUUCCACUGAAUCUUGAAGAAAAGAUUACAAAAAAAUUGUGGCCUCCAUCUUAACUCAACGGAAGUGUAAAACAGAAAGUGAAAUAAAGUAUUUUGUUAAAAUGUAAUGUUUCCUCUGAGUACAAAAAUAAUGUAAUCCAAGUCUCUUCCAUUUAUGGGCAUCAUAUCAGAGAACCCCAAUAUGUCAUAACCAGUUUAAGAUACCUAUAGAACUACAGCAAGCUAAGCAGUGAAUAACAGUAAUUUUAAACAAAUAUUAAUAAAUGUUUUAUGGUGA